UAUUUUUGUAAAUAAUAUAUGGAAGGAGAUUACAUAAGCUAAACUUUACUGCAUAAAAAGCAAUAAAGGUAAUAAGAAUUGUUAGAGUUUUAAAAGAAUGCAGAACAAGCAGAAGAAGAGGUUAGAAAGUGGAAUUUACAAAGGGAAUCUAACUUAAAUCAAGAUGAUAAUUAAAAUGAUGAAGAUAAUAUUCAAUAUAAAGAAAAUAUUGUAGCAUAUUCUAAUCAGACCAAAAAUACUAAUGAGGGAUUGUCAAUUAAAAAUAAAUUGGUUCAACAAUAAAGCGAAUUAGAGUUUCCUGAAGAAUAAAUUCAUUAAAAAUUAUAAAAGAUUAGAGAUCUUCUUGGGUUAAACAAUACAAAUGAGAAUCAAAAUGAAAGUUCUCCUAUCAUCACUAAAUAGAAAAAGCUAUAAUAAAAGCAGUAAAUUAUUUAGUUGGAGCAAGAAAGAAUAUCUUAAGAUGAUAAUUAUAUGGAAUUUGCUAAUACUUUUGGUAAAAAUGAUAGAAUUAAUACUGAUAUCAAUCUGUUAGCUGGAGAUUCUUAAAUGGAGCAAUUAGAUUUCAUCAAAAGUAAUUAGGAAAACGAUGAUCCAAUUAGCUACUCAACAUCUACUUUUAAUAGAAACUUAAAACAGAAAUAACAAAACGAGCCUUCGAACGUUUAAAUAGGAAACAUGUUCACAAACUAAUUUAGGGAAAAUCUAAAAAAUCUUAAUUAGCAACAACAAUAAGAAGAUAAUCAAAGUGAAUAAAACAUUGACACAAGGCGCUUUUUAAAUGAAUACAUAAACAAUUUUGAUAACAACUUUGAAAUUAACCAAUAAAUACCAAAUGAGGAUGUAAAUAAUCAAAUCAAUUAUUCCUCAAAACCUAACUGCUAAAUUACAGGCAAUCAACAAAAGUACUAAAGUGUAGACGUACGUGCGCUCUUGGAAGGAAAGUAAUUACUUAAAAAUGAAAACUCAUUUAGGAAUAAUUAAAGUGAUUACGAUAAGUUUAAUGUUAGAGAGUCUUCAUUAAAAAAGGUCGAAACAGACAACUUCUCAAAUAAUUAAAGAGUAAACCCUUUUAAUAAAUAAAGAGAGAGAUCAAGUUCUGUAAAUAAAUCUAAUAAUUAAAGCCAUAAUGCUUCUCAAUCUUUCAUAGAUAGUGGUAAAAAAGAUUUUAAAAACCUUUGUAAUGAUGAAUAUGAAAGUAAAAUACCAACAACCUAAGUGACUUAAGCUACCUCAGCUAAAUAAAACAAUACUGUGAGAUCAUUAAAUUAAAAUAUCCCUAAUAAGUUUGAGUUAACUAGUAUGAGUUACACAAAGACUGAACCUUCUAACAGAUUUAACGAAUAUGUAAGUAACAACACACAACUUUAUAAAAAACCUUUCACUUAAAAUAUAACUCCAUCAUCAAGAGCUUAAAAUAAAUAUGAAGACAGAUAGAAUUAAUCUAUGUAAUAAAUCAAAAAUUAAAGUCCCUUUCGAGCUACUUUUUAAGAUAAAUCAACUAUCUCCCAUAUAGGAAUUGCAGACAAAUAAAAUACCUCUCUUUUAAAUCAAAGCUAAAUCUAAUUAUUGGAAAAUAGCAACUUAAAUUUAUAAAAUGCAACUAUGAUCAAUCAAUCUUCAAACAUAAUAAACAACUAAAGAAAUAAAACAUCUUUCACAUAAUAAUAUUCGCCUCCUUAAAAAUUAAUAUCUGAAGACAUAGGGUACUUGGAAAGUGAUGCCAAAGAUGUUUAAAUGAUAAAGCAUGAAGAAGAUGAAAUCAGAGAAAGUAAUAAUAAUACAGAGAGAAUAAACAAUCUAUUUUAGUAAUAAGUUGGUAAAAGAAUAGAUCAAGAUGAGCAAAACAGUUUCUUUUAGUAUGAAUAGUAAAUUCUAGAACUAACAAAUAAGAAUAAAAGCUUAAUGAGUGAUAAUAUCAAAAUACUGCAUUAAAAAGAGUAGUUACAUAAAACUUUGAUGAAAAAAGAAUCAGAAAUUACUUAGCUAUAAUUGCGUGUUUCUGAUUUAGAGAAAAAAUUAGAAGAAAAGCAAGAUGAAGCUAAGCUGAAAAGAAAGUUAGAAUUAGCAAUUUAGGAGAAUACCAAAGAACUGCAAUAAUAAAUCGAAGAAUUGUAAAAAACAAUUAGCGAAUAGAAUUUUGAGAUUUAAAAUAGGACUAAUCAGGAAAGAUUUUAAAGACAUAAAGUAUCACAAUAAUAAAACUAAUUCUACUUAAAAGAAGAGGAGUUGAAAAACUAAGUUUAAUUUUUGAAGAAAGAAAUAGAAAAUAUGAAAUACAAUAGAGAAAUCUUAAAGAAUAGAGGGGAAAAUGAGAUUAAGAGUAGACUUUUGGAAAUGGAAACAGACCUUCAUAUUACAAGAAAUUAAUAUCACACUUUGUCUUAAGAAAAGUCUCUUUUAGAGCAACAAUUAGAGGAAAAUUAAUAAAUUUCUUAACAAUCUUUGUAAAAACUAGAAGCUGAAAUGUAAUCAGCUCAUUAAUAAGAAAUAUAAGAACUUCAAUAUUUUGUUAUAUCAAUUAAACAAGAGUAUGAAAAGUUAAUGCUUUAAAUAAAAAACGUGAAAAAACCUUCAAAGAAAAAAGAUUCUUCUUAGUAAUAGCAAACAAAAAAGAAUUUAUACAACUAAUAAGAUAAAAAACAAAAGGUAGAAGAUGAAGAGGAGGAAGAAGAAAAUCAGGAAGAUUUGCAAACUAAAAUUAAAUAACUUAUUGAAGAAAAAAAUAUUUUACAUGACGAAAAAUUUAAAUUAACUCAGUAAGUAAACUGGUUAUCAAUAAAGCAAAAGUCCUAAUCUUACAUGGAAUAAAAAGUUGAAACUCUAAUGUACGAAAGGAGAUUCAAUUAGCUAACUGAAAUGCUUUCUUACUGGAAAAAAAACUGUUCUAUGGUAUGCUAAGAUUAUCUUUCUUAACUAGCAAAGCUAAAAAAGGAAAAUGAAAAACUAAAGUCUACAAUACAAGUAACUUAAAAAAGAUUUUUAACAGAGUAUGAAAGUAUAGUCAAAGAAAUAGCCAAAAAAUAUUAAUUAGAAAGCGAAUAACUUCAUUUAAAUCUUAAAGAGAUGCAGCAAAAAUACAUUUAAUCUCAAUCAAAACUUGCAGAAACAAGAUCAAAGUUAAAAGAUGUGUCUCAAAUAUCUUUAACUAAUAACACUUAAGUCAACUCAACGAUAGCAAAUUAAGUUUUUACUCCUAUUGAUUUCUCAAAAAUUACAACCGAGAAGAAGCCACCUGUUUAUUCACGCUAAAAAUAAAAUAAUUCCCAAGAUUACUCCAUUAAUUUUAAAUAAAUUAACUAAAAAAUAUUAUCUUAAACAUAAAACUAAGACCAAGAAAAAAUAAAGAAAAAGAAAAAAACAGUUUACUGA